AUGUUCGGUCUACGGAAGGCUUUUGUUAUCAGUACAUUGGUCCUGGGUGCUUGGACCUCACCACAUACGUCAGACGACGACAAGUCAUUAAUCAAUUGGGAUGCGUUUCAAUCUCUCCUUGAUACUGUCGACCCUGCUGCCCUACAUUCAGUACUACAUCAGCUGUCUCCCAAGUUCCAGGAUGGCGUUUUCAGCAAAGAUCGAGCUGCCAUUGAGCACGUUCAUUCCGAGAACCCGGUCAUCGCAAGCAAGUUGGUACACUUGGCGAAGAAGAGACAAGCAAGCAAUUCCACCACCACCUCGACUUCGCCUUCGUCGAGCUCCGAAGCUGCAUCUAUAUCGUCCGUCCUCUCUUCCGAGAUCCUAGCUUCUACAGUGCCAGGAGCUACCACGAUCACGGUGCCGCCGUCCGCACCGGCUUCUGCCUCCGCCGUCGCCACCACCGACGGCGGAGUUGUCUAUAGCACAUUCGGGGGUGGUCUGGUCACGUUGACCUCAUCCGCCGUAGGGGUUCGCUUUACUCCUAGCACCUCAACCCACCUGUAUUAUGCAACUGCCGGUGACGGGACUAUCGAAACAAGGACAUCGGUGGUAGUUGUGAAUGCGCCUGUAACUGGAGCGGCCGAUGCCACGGGAGCGGCAGGAGCUGCUGCGACCACGGGAAGCCCUGGUCUUCAGAAUGCAGCCUCCUCACAGCACAAGACCGGAAGCUUGGUGGUGGCAUUGCUUGCCGUGGCAAGCUGGUUUUUGGCUUCAUGA